ACACUUGAAAAAGAACCAAACCAAAUCAAGUCUUAAACUCAAAUCAAGACCGUAUCUCUCUUUUCUUUAGUUUUGUUUUUGGAAUUACAAGAGUACUUGAAGAAAAGCUCAACACGAAUGAAGAAGAAUAUCAGCGUUUGAUUGAUCAGAGUUGAAUGGAGAAGAAAGGUGAUGAUAAUAGUAUUGUUUCCAUGGCAAAUUCGACAUUUUCCGAUGACAAUCCGGCUGCAAGUGCUUUUGCUUUACCAAGCAUCUUUGACAUGUCAUGUGAGGGAGAUUAUAAGUGGGGGUUCAUGGAUUUGCUCAGUGUCCAUAACCAAGAUUUUGGUUGUGGUGUUUCUUUAUUCGAUUCUUUAAAAUACCCACCGAUUAAUUUGCAGCCACUGCAAGAACAGCAGCACCAAUACCAGCAACAGCAGCCACUCCUUUUAUCGGCCUCCACUGUACCCGAAUCUUCGGAGGUUUUGAACAAUCCAGCUACCCCUAACUCUUCAUCCAUCUCUUCUUCAUCAAACGAAGGUACUAAUAAUGAAGACCAAACUACUACUACUACUACUACUACUACUACUAAUAAUAAUAAUAAUAAUAAAGGUGGGGAUGAAGAAGAACAGGAUCAAGAUAAGACUAAGAAACAGUUGAAACCCAAAAAGAAAAAUCAAAAAAGGCAGAGAGAGCCGAGAUUUGCGUUCAUGACGAAGAGCGAGGUUGAUCACUUAGAUGAUGGAUACAGAUGGAGAAAGUACGGCCAAAAAGCAGUGAAAAACAGCCCUCAUCCAAGAAGCUACUAUCGUUGCACCAGUGCAGGUUGUGGUGUGAAAAAGAGAGUAGAGAGAUCGUCAGACGAUCAAACCAUCGUCGUUACAACUUAUGAAGGUCAACACACACACCCUAGUCCAAUAACGCCCAGAGGAAAUAUUGGGUUUAUGGCUUCAGAUUCAACCCCUUUUGGGGUUACUUCAGCUUCGUCUUUCGUCGUUCCUCAGCCUCAAUAUCUUCUAAAUCAACAUCAUCCCUUUAUAUAUACCUCUUCACCGUCUCUCAGCAUUACCUCUACUACUACUACUUUCAAUAAUGAUCCUUCAUUUUCCAGCUUUAUUAAUCAAGAGAGACGAAUUACUACUCCUUCACCAGCUUCAUUGCUCAGAGACCGCGGGCUUCUUCAGGACAUAGUGCCAUCACAGAAGGGCAGUGAGGCAAAUGAGAAUUAGUAUUAUAUAUAUUUAUCUGAUCUUAUUGUACUAAUAUGAGAUUUUCUAACAUAAUCCAUUUCCAUCACCGCCUCGAUCGUUGGACAGACAUGGAGGACUGGUUUCUAUGUUUAUUCUUAAUUUCUUUUGUAUCUAGAGAUGAGAUUAUACAGUUGUGGAAUUAAUGGGUUUUGUAUCUCCCAUUUUUACUUCAGUUACUAUUUUCUCUUUUUGCUUAUUUAAGUUAUUCUUAUUAACCA